AUGCACUUGCAGAACUUGUGGNGCGGCAUAGUGAUUGAGGGCGUCAACACGCCCUACCUGUACUUUGGCAUGUGGAAGACCACCUUUGCGUGGCACACGGAGGACAUGGACCUUUACAGUAUCAACUACCUACACUUUGGGCAGCCCAAGACCUGGUAUGCUGUGCCCCCUGAGCAUGGCAGGCGCCUGGAGCGCCUGGCCAGGGAACUCUUCCCUGGCAGCUCCCAGGGCUGCCAGGCCUUCCUGAGGCACAAGGUGGCGCUCAUCUCACCCACUGUGCUCAAAGAGAAUGGCAUCCCCUUUGGUCGCAUCACCCAGGAGGCUGGGGAGUUCAUGGUCACCUUUCCCUAUGGCUACCACUCGGGCUUCAACCAUGGCUUCAACUGCGCAGAGGCCAUCAAUUUUGCCACCCCAAGGUGGAUUGACUAUGGCAAGGUGGCAUCUCAGUGCAGCUGUGGGGAGGCCAGGGUGAGCUUCUCCAUGGACGCCUUUGUGAGGAUCUUGCAGCCUGAGCGAUAUGAACUGUGGAAACGCGGCCAAGAUCAGGCAGUUGUGGACCACACAGAGACUAUGGGGCCUACCAGUCAGGAGCUCACCACCUGGCGGGUGACCGAAGCACCAAGAAAAACUUGGGGCCUGAAGCAUCUCAGGCUUCGCCAGGUCUCACGCUCUCGUCUGCCUAUAGCCACGGUCAGUAAAGUUCCUUGUAACAUGCAGGCGUGCCACACCUCCAGGCAACCAUCACAUGAGAAAGGUGAUGAGGCUCAGAAGUGUAACUCAGCCAGAGCCCCACCACAUCCUCUGAGUCUGUCUUCUUCUGGUCACAUGUCAACUGCAAGACGUGGUCUUGGUCGCCGUCCUUGUGAACUAGGAGUUCUGGAGUCCACCAAUGGAGCUCCAGUCAAGAGGCGACUUCCAGCAGACAGAGAUGACACAAGCCCCAGCCCAGAGCUUCAGCCCCAGUCUGUGAGUGGAGACUUAAUAGUCAACUCAGGACUUGUGAACCCUGCAACAGCGUCUGAAGGGGGAUUGAUCUCCGACCCCUAA